GAGACGAUGGGAGGAAGACGCCACAACUCGCAAGAGACAGAAAGCGUCAGUGUUCGAGAGGUGGUCAAGAAUGGAGGGACGCCGGGCGCUGCUCAUCUUUCUGCUCUUCCCUCACGUAGCACGUCGGGGAUGCCUGGCGUCGAUAAAGGACCAACUACAACCAGUAGGAGGCGGAGGAGAGGAUCAAGUGUCUGACGGGUCAUCAUGGAUCCCUUACGAGUACAUCUGGGACACUGAUCGGGAGGGUCGCCACUACGGUCCCGCGCUGCCCUUAGCUCGCCCCCGCCAGCGUCACGACAUCGACGAGCCGGAGCUGCUCUUCGCCAUUUGGGAGUCGCCCCCGAUCCUGGCCAAGGAGGGACUGACGGAGGAAGAGGUGGACUGGGUGCCUGACGUUAAGCCCUUGCAGACUAUCAAGGAAAACUACGUGUCUGGUUCGCGGGAGUUCGAUCAUCACUUCUCAUAUGAGACACACCCAAAGGUCCGCCACAGUGCCCCACACACACUGGCCCCAAGUACCACACUGCCCCCACCACCACCACCACCACCGCCUCAUGAACCUCCUACGUCACACACUGAGGCUCCUACACCAGACACGCCUGCACAUGAGCCACACACAGACAGCCCCAUCACCUACACGGACACACCCGCGCCCCACGCACCGCCACACCCUCAUCCCUUCCCGUCACUUCACCGGCAGCCCUUCAAAGUUGUCCUCCCCCUGCGGCAGCGCCCUCGUAAGUACUUCCUUGCGGGCGGCGAGGACACGCACACGCAUGAGGACGCGCCAUCUCACUCAGGCCCUUUCAGGAAGUACUACCUCGACCCUGAUAGUAAGGCCACGCAAAAUAUUGACUCUCUGUCCAGCCACGAGAAGCCUUUACAUCCUCACUUCUUCCCGGUUCUCCCACCCGCCUACCCUCAACCCCUUCAUCCCCGUCCUCCACCCACCGUCAGGCAGUACUUCCUCCAGCCUGCAGCAGACGAGGAGCCCCCCGUCGCCGACCUCACGGCCUUCGAGGUUUACGAGAAGCUGCGCAAGACCCGAACAGUAGACACCCAGGUGGACACUGAGGCGAGAGCGUGGGUGCUGAGCGGCAUCCCCAAGGCUACUUCUUGGGUCUCCUCUUCCACCGGGCGCCGUCUGUCCUAACCCAGUACAGGACGAACU